CAUGGCGGUGGUGAAUGGAAAGCAGACGUCAAUAUGUUCAGAAACGCGGAGUUGAUGGGCCGGGACCAGGAUGCAGGAGACAAAAAACGAAGCCAGCGGUGGCUUCAAAGGGAUGAGUACGAGUUGAUGCCGAGGGAGUUGGAUUUGCGAUAUAAAAAUGUUGCUGGAGGCAGCAUGCUGAUAGAGAUGAUGCUGAUGACAAUGGAAUGCUAG